AUGGAUACUGAUCUACUAGACAGCCUCCUCGAUCUCGAGGAAAAGUUCUACCAAGAAGGAUAUAACCUGGGUGUUGCCGAUGGCACCGCAGCGGGCUACACCGAAGGCAGCGUCUUCGCGGUGGAGAAGGGCUUCGAGAAAUUCGUCGAGAUGGGUCGUCUAUACGGGAAAGCACUAGUCUGGGCACAGCGGUUGGCAGACUCUAAUUCCCAUUCGUCGGAGCAGUUAACGCCGGUGGAUGUGUCAGAUGAAUCCUUUUCCCUCGAUCCUUCGAUAUGCAAGUCUAUGCCCGCUCUUCCUGCCCACAGCGCCCGUCUUGCGCGCAAUCUUGCCACGCUUAUGGAGCUAGUAGACCCAGCUUCAAUGGAUAUGUCGAAUACUGAGGAAGCUGUGAAUGAUAUUGACGAGCGCUUAAAAGGCGCAGCGGUCAAGGCGAAGCUCAUCCAACGGGCAAUGGGAGAAGGCGAAGAGACUUUGGGACCUCAUUCUAGCGCUAAAGAUAUGACGAAGUCCGGCGAUGGCACUGGUAGCAUCGAAGAUAUCAGCGCACUGAAUGUUCGCCAUUGA